AUGUCUCCAGCACGAGCCCCGAAGUCUACGAAUCCUGCCCCGGCGCUGCUGUGUCGGACGCCCACGCUGGGGUUCACUCGGCUGCAGACUGCGGACAUCCUAAUCCUCAGUCGUUCUGGCGAGAAUUUCCCAGGAGUUGCCUCCUGCGGGUGUGCGGCGGAUUCCUACGCGGGAUCGCGCUCGCUCGCGCGGGCGCGCGCGCGCGCGUCGCGGCGUCGUCGCCCUUCGGACGCGGUGGAGCCGCGCAGCGCCGGCUCCUUGUCCUCCGCUGGUGAUGGUGAUGGCAUCACCCAGGGUUGCGUCCCCGGGCGGAGCAGCACCAGAGCCCGCCGCGACGGCCCGCGUUGUGCGCCUGCGCUGGUCGCGGCGCCGCCGCGGCUGUAG